GAAAGAUUUAGGAGGGUGAGGGGGGGUCAGAGGCAGGGGUCCGUCAGGGAGUGAGUGUGGUGACAGCCAGAGCAAGGGGGAAAGGACUCAUGUGAGAACCAGAGGAAUUAAAAUAUAGGGACAAAGAGAAGGAACAGAGCUGGCAGACCCAAAACUGGACUUCAGUAUGGGUGUGAAGAGCAAGGCUGCGGCUGCUAUCUUAGUCCUGCUGCUGUUCCUCGGCUCCCUGUGGCUCCACGGAGGUUUGGAUUACCACUGGGAUUCGUGUUUGAAGGGUUAUAAUCAGGUGAACACGCUUCACCAGCUGUACAACAGCAGCGGGGCCGAUGGAGCCGAGGGCCCACAGGUCAUCGAGGGGUGCCCGGGUCAGACCUUCCAGGUGUCGCUGCUGGUGUCCCACCUGCUGGCUGCACCCGCAUACACCUCCGACGUGCUGCUGCAGCCAUAUCUGUCCAGCUGGGACGAGCUCGUGAGGUUUAUGGAAGCUCUGGGCCCGAUGGUGGGGCUGAUAUCUAGCGAGAUAGAAACCAAGACCUCUAUAAUCCGCCAACUGGCCCUUUUGGCAGAAGUGGACCCUGAAGCAGAGCUGGGCCCGGAUAUACACUCAAUAAACAGGCUGGUCACAGAAGCUGGGAAAAAGACUGAUAAGGAGGCCUCGGAACACACUAGUGCUUACCACUCUGUGCGCACCAUGAUCUGGACAGAGCUGGACCGAGGGCUGGUGAACUUCCACCACCAGACGGACUCUGGGUGUCGGACUCUCCUGCGACUACACCGCGCUCUGCUCUGGCUGAAGCUCUUCCUGGAGAAGCUGUCUGAGACACCGGUGGCUGGCCGGUUGAGGAGCCCCUCAGAGCUUUGUAGAGAGGCCUACCAGAGCACCCUCGCCAACCACCACACAUGGUUUGUCCGCAAGGCCGCAGACCUGGCCUUCAUCGCCAUGCCGGAGCGGACUUUCUUCUUCAGGCUGGUAUGUGUGCAGAACCAGGAGGAGCUAAGCAUGUUGCUCAAAAGAGUGGUAGGUUCCUUGGGAGAGGUUUAUGACAGGACGCAGAGUGCCUUGGAAGAAAAUGGCAUGCUGGACUUGCCGUAGAAAAGCAAAUGGCUGUGCGACUUGAACAUAUUUGCACUGUCUUCAAGGUAUACUGGGCAUCACAGCUGGUGUCAACAUAAAUGGCCUUUACUGCUGGAAUUCAUAUGUGCCAUAUUUUUCCUCCAAACCAAAGUACUGCGUCAACAAUCAACUGAUACUGAAAGUGUGUUUGCUUUCCAUCUGUGGACAUUCCUUAUCAUAUUUUAUGAGAUCACAUCUCGACACCGUAAAGCAUUUUUAGGGCAGCUGAUGACGCGUUCCGGCUGGCUUUGAAUGAUUUAACCACUAGAACCUCUGUUCAGCUUAUGAUGUGCUUGAGAUCGUCACCGGGGGCUGAUUUUGUAAUUUAUUGAUUUGUCUGUUUGUGCCAACCCCUGCCCACAUGAAUUCUUUCUUUUUUACAUUGAGAACAUUAUUGAAAAUGACUGCUGUUUUUACUGUAGAUAAUGCUUGGUGAUUUAAUAUGCUACCUCAAAAAACUGACUAGGUCUAGCUGCCUUGUAGCCCUUAAAUCUGGGACCAAUCUAUCCUGAUUAAAGAGGUGUCACACAACAAAUCAACAGGUGCUGAGAAGAGGACAAACAGUGCUGAAAUGCGACUGUAGUGUGAGUGUGGAGAAUUGAUUGUUCCUGUUUUAUAUUGUAAAUGGUUGAAUGAUGUUCAGAAUGAUUAAAUAUCUUUAUCAAAAA